UUUUUUUUCACCCUCCUCCUCUGGUGUGACACUGCCAUGGUCAGAAAGCCAGUUGUGGCUACCAUCUCCAAAGGAGGUUACCUGCAGGGCAAUGUGAGCGGGCGGCUGCCCUCCAUGGGGGACCAAGAGCCACCUGAGCAGGAGAAGGUGGUUCUGAAAAAGAAGAUCACUUUGCUGAGGGGGGUCUCCAUCAUCAUCGGCACCGUCAUCGGAUCGGGCAUCUUCAUCUCCCCAAAGGGCAUACUCCAGAACACGGGCAGCGUGGGCAUGUCACUGGUUUUCUGGUCUGCCUGUGGAGUACUGUCACUUUUUGGAGCCUUGUCCUAUGCCGAACUGGGUACGAGCAUAAAGAAGUCUGGUGGUCACUACACGUACAUUCUGGAGGUCUUUGGUCCUUUACUAGCUUUUGUCCGAGUCUGGGUGGAACUGCUCAUAAUACGCCCUGGAGCUACUGCUGUGAUAUCCCUGGCAUUCGGACGCUACAUUCUGGAACCUUUUUUUAUUCAAUGUGAAAUUCCCGAACUUGCAGUCAAGCUUGUAACAGCUGUAGGCAUCACUGUGGUGAUGGUCCUAAAUAGCACGAGUGUCAGCUGGAGUGCCCGGAUCCAGAUUUUCCUAACCUUUUGCAAGCUCACAGCAAUUCUGAUAAUUAUAGUCCCUGGAGUUAUACAGCUAAUUAAAGGGCAAACACAGCACUUUAAAGAUGCAUUUUCAGGAAGAGAUGCAAACCUAAUGGGGUUGCCCUUGGCUUUUUAUUAUGGGAUGUAUGCGUAUGCUGGCUGGUUUUACCUCAACUUUAUUACUGAAGAAGUAGAGAAUCCUGAAAAAACCAUCCCCCUGGCCAUCUGCAUCUCCAUGGCCAUCAUCACAGUUGGCUACGUGCUGACAAACGUGGCCUAUUUCACAACCAUUAGUGCUGAGGAGCUGCUGCAGUCCAGCGCUGUGGCCGUGACCUUCGCUGAGCGGCUGCUGGGAAAUUUCUCAUUAGCAGUCCCGAUCUUUGUUGCCCUCUCCUGCUUCGGCUCCAUGAACGGUGGCGUGUUCGCUGUCUCCAGGUUAUUCUAUGUCGCAUCCCGAGAAGGGCACCUUCCGGAAAUCCUCUCCAUGAUUCAUGUCCACAAGCACACUCCGCUGCCAGCUGUUAUUGUUUUGCAUCCCUUGACGAUGAUAAUGCUCUUCUCUGGAGACCUCUACAGCCUUCUGAAUUUCCUCAGUUUUGCCAGGUGGCUUUUUAUGGGGCUGGCAGUUGCAGGGUUGAUUUAUCUUCGCUACAAACGCCCAGAUAUGCAUCGUCCUUUCAAGGUGCCUCUGUUCAUCCCAGCACUGUUUUCCUUCACCUGCUUCUUCAUGGUCAUCCUUUCCCUUUACUCGGACCCAUUUAGCACCGGGGUCGGCUUCCUUAUCACAUUGACUGGGGUCCCUGCAUAUUAUCUCUUUAUUAUAUGGGACAAGAAACCCAAGUGGUUCAGACAACUAUCAGACAGAAUAACCAGAACAUUACAGAUAAUACUAGAAGUUGUACCAGAAGACUCUAAAGAAUUAUGAACUUAAUGCAUCAAAAUCUUGGCCAUCUGCCCAGGACUGAGAUACAAAAUGGAUGUUUAUUUCAAGUAAACACAACAUUGGAAAUGGACUAAAGGAAUUAGUUAUUUCUAUUCACAUGCUUUAGUGUAUUCAAAUUAAUUUCUGAGCAAUUUGCUGGUAACUCCAUGUGUUUGUAGCAAGCUAAUAUGGAAGUCAUAAAGUGCAGCAAGCUGACAGAUCUUGAGUCCAGUGCCUACCUGUUGAGGUAAGAGAAAAAGACUAAGGGCAUUGACAACUGGAUCUCAUUCUCUACAUUUCUUAUCAUGACUAAGGACCUUCAAAAAGAAGACCAAAGUGUUUUCUGUAUAUAGGGGGUCUGUAAACAUAGCUUUACCUACUGGGGACAUCUAUACUGUGAAAAGUAUACUUUUUAAUUUUUCUGGAAAAGAGUCAUUAUUGUGGCAAAGGGGGCAGAAAUAACUUUACUUUAGAUUGGCCUUGGAUUGUUUUCCUGUAGUGACCAACAUGGCUGUCACUUAUCUUUCAAUGACUUAUACUCAGAGCAUCAGAACAAAUGACAGGGGAGUACUGUGUGUGUGUGUGUGUGUGUGUGUGUGUGUGUG